AUGGACUGGCAUGAGGGACAAGAUUGGAACGAAGUAUUCAAAGAAGCCUCUCAGAUCGGAAGCCAAGUUGAAGCCGCUUUAACACACACUACAGAUUCCGGAACUCUUUCACAACUAUUUGAAGAAUUUCACCACAAGAUAGAAGACGCUAGAGCCAUUUUACUUAAUGCUGGCGAGGAAGGCGCAGUUGCUUUUCGCAGUCUAGAGCAACGUUUAGCUAUUCUACGCCGCCGCAUUAACAUCAUCAAUAUGUCUCAGGCCAACACCGAAGGCGGGUAUACCAAGAAAAGAGACGAAAAUGCCGAUUACUUCACCCGAAACACAGACAAGAUCCAGCAGUAUAUCAAAAUAGCUUCGCACUCAAUUCAUUCUAUAGACAAACAGCGCAACCUACUUGCACGUAGCAGGCAGAAGCUAGAGGACGGACUUCUCUAUCUAGGUCUUUCCGAUCGAGUGGUCGACCAAAUAUCUAAUAGACACUUAACCGACUACCGACUUAUUCAGGCCCUAGCCGGCUUAUUCAUACUUGCUUUCAUCUAUUUCUUCUUUGCCAGACGAUAG